CGGGGUGAGGGCGAUGCGAGCGUGAAGGCCGCAGGCGGACGGACGGACGGACGGACCGGCGCCACUAGUUGUUGUCACCCCGCAUGGAGAGCGCAGCUUGUGGGUGAAGGAACUGCUAUAAGAGCCCGGGGCUCAGGCUCUACCCCGCAUCCCCGCCCGCUGGGCUCCAGGCCGACACCUCCGCAUUGGACAAGAUAGUGGGUUAGAUUCGCACAUUUUCCUCACUGGCGAUCGACCACAUUACCGUUUGAAAAAUGUCUGACGACGAUGAUAUCCCGUUGCCUAAGAAAUCUCGGAUUUACUAUGGAAGCCUGGAAGAGAAGGAGAGAGAGAGGAUCGCCAAAGGAGAAGGAGGAUACCUGGGGAGAGAUGCCAUGAAAUUGGGUGUGGAAGCUGGGCACAUCAACAUAUCCAGUGGUGAAUUCUAUGAUGUUGAAGAUCACAUCAGCGAGCGGCAGGCCGAGGUGCUGGCGGAGUUUGAGCGCAGAAAGCGAGCGCGGCAGAUUAACGUUUCUACGGACGAUGCCGAGGUGAAGGCCUGUCUGCGUGCGCUCGGAGAGCCCAUCACACUAUUCGGUGAAGGACCAGCGGAACGGCGAGAAAGGUUGCGGAAUAUCUUGUCUGUGGUGGGUGCUGAUGCCUUAAAGAAAACCGAGAAGCUGGAAGAUUCAAAGAAAGGCCGACAGGAGCAUCAGCAGACCUGGUAUCAUGAGGGUCCCAGUUCCCUGAAGACUGCUCGUCUCUACAUUGCAAGGUUUUCUCUGCCAAGGGCUUUGAAGCGAUUGGAAGAGGCUAGAGCCAAUAAAGAGACCCCAGACCCUUCCCGAACGGCUCGACAGCAAGAACUUCACAAGGGUUUGAGGGCCCUGAAUAACUUCUGCAGCCAGAUUGGUGAUGACCGUCCCAUUUCGUACUGUCAGUUCAGCCCCAACUCCAAGCUACUGGCCACGGCUUCCUGGAGCGGACUAUGUAAGCUGUGGGAUAUUCCUGACUGUCGCCUUGUACGUACGUUGAGAGGUCACAGCACGAAUGUGGGUGCCAUUGUGUUUCACCCUCAGGCCACCAUCUCACUUAACGAAAAGGACUGUAACAUGGCAUCGUGUGCAGCUGACGGCUCGGUCAAGCUCUGGAAUUUGGAAAGUGAUGAGCCUGUAGCCAACAUCGAGGGGCAUACAGUGAGGGUGGCUCGCGUUGCCUGGCAUCCAUCAGGCAGGUUCUUGGGGACCACCUGCUAUGACCACUCCUGGCGACUAUGGGAUCUGGAGGCCCAGGAGGAGAUCCUGCACCAGGAAGGGCACAGCAAGGGUGUCUAUGACAUUGCCUUCCACCGUGAUGGCUCUCUGGUGGGAACUGGUGGCCUGGAUGCCUUUGGACGAUUGUGGGACUUGCGGACGGGUCGGUGCAUCAUGUUCCUGGAGGGACAUUUGAAGGAGAUUUACGGAAUCUGCUUCUCUCCCAAUGGGUAUCAUGCAGCAACCGGGAGUGGAGACAACAGCUGCAAGGUUUGGGACUUACGACAGCGGAAAUGUAUCUACACCAUCCCAGCGCAUCACAACCUGCUGUCAGCCGUCCGCUUUCAGCCCACAGAUGGGAAUUAUCUGCUGACUGGUGCCUACGACAACACAGCAAAGAUAUGGAGCCACCCUGGCUGGUCACCGCUCAAAACCAUGGCCGGCCACGAAGGCAAAGUGAUGGGACUGGACAUUUCACCAAACGGCCAACUGAUUGCCACGUGUUCUUACGACAGGACCUUUAAGCUCUGGACAUCUGAGUAGACCAUAUGGAGCAGAGCACUGACUGUAAGGCAACCCAGAGAGAGAGGGUCAGAUAAUCUCUGUCCAUCAGAUGACCAUCCCACUGGACACCAGGUAGUUGUUGCCUUGGUCUGCUGGUCAUACUUUUUAUCAUUCAUUUUUUUGGCUUGUUUUGCUUUUGGACUUUUGCAGUUAAUAAAAAAUGUGGUCAUUUGUAA